AUGAUAUCCAAUCAAAAUAUAAUAAAUAAUAAUAUUGAUAAUAAUAAAAAGUGUACACUUCACCCAAACAAAGAUAUAAUAUUCUUUUGUUUAGAUUGUAAAUUAAUACCAUGUUGUAUUCAAUGUACAUCAAGUAAAGGUGAACAUCAUGGUCACAAAACUGAUCCAUUAGAAUCAACUUCAAAUAUUCUUUCAUUAAUGAAUAAUUUUAAAGAUGAUAUACAUCAAAAAGUAAUUGACAGAAUAGAAACCAAUGAAAAAAUAUUAAAACAAUCAAAUGAUAAAUAUAAUAAAAUUCAAUCACAAUUUGAUAUUAAUAAUAAUUCAUUAAAAAAAGAAAUUAAAAAAAUUCAUGAUAUCAUUUCAAUCAUAGAAUUAGAUAUUCAAAAACAAUUAGAAAAAACCUUUGAAAAUAAUACAUUAAUAAAUACAAUUAUAAAUUCUUCAAUCAAUAAUGAUAAUCAAAUACUUUCAACUAUAAUUAAUUAUAAAAAUGAAAAUGAAAAUGAAAAUGAAAAUGAAAAUGAAAAUGAAAAUGAAAAUGAUAAUAUUACAACCAUUGAAAAAUUAAAUGAAAUUAUAAAAUUUAAUGAUCAACAAAUUUAUGAUAAUGGAGAUGAUUUUAUUAUCGAUAGAGAUACUAUUAAAAUUAUUAAACAAUAUCAACAAUCAUUAAUAGUAUUAAAUAAUAAUAAUAAUAUCGAUAAUUCAAAUAAAUUAAAUGAAUACGAUAAUCAAAUCAUUCAUUUCAAUAAUCAGAUAAUUGAUGAUAUUAAAAAUAAUUUAAAAUCAAUUUAUACCUUAGAUAAUUGUAGAUUUAAAAUUGAAAUCGAUGAAAAUAAUAAUAAAUUUUUUAAAUGGAAUAAUUUAAAGUUUUAUAUUUAUAUAGAAGGUGGUCUUUUUAAAUUUGAGGAAGGUAUAGCAUUCAAAGACAAUUGUAAUAUUUUAUCAGAAUUAAAAAAUAAAUUACCAUCACAUGUAAUGCUAUUGGACGGAUUCAAUCAAAAAUUAACACUUGGUAUAUUACCAGAUCGUGUUAAGUGCUUGUAUUUGGGUGAUAUUAAACAAGAAUUAAUAAUUGGUUCAAUUCCUAAUACUGUAAAGAAUGUAUCUUUAUUGGAUGGAUUCAAUCAAAACUUAACACCACGUAUAUUACCAGAUAGUGUUAAAUCCUUGUAUUUAGGUGAUAUUAAACAAGAAUUAAUAAAUGGUUCAAUUCCUAAUACUGUAACUCGUGUCUCUUUAUUGGAUGGAUUCAAUCAAAAAUUAACACCAGGUAUAUUACCAGAUAGUGUUAAAUCGUUGUAUUUAUGUGAUAUUAAACAAGAAUUAAUAAUUGGUUCAAUUCCUGAUACUGUAACGAGUGUCUUUCUAAAAGAUGGAUUCAAUCAAAAAUUAACACCAGGUAUAUUACCAGAUAGUGUUGAAUGGUUGUAUUUAGGUGAUAUUAAACAAGAAUUAAUAAUUGGUUCAAUUCCUAAUACUGUAACUCGUGUCAUUUUAUUGGAUGGAUUCAAUCAAAAAUUAACACCAAUUAUAUUACCAGAUGGUAUUGAAUGGUUGUAUUUAGGUGAUAUUAAACAAGAAUUAAUAAAUGGUUCAAUUCCUAAUACUGUAACGAGUGUCUCUCUAUUGGAUGGAUUCAAUCAAAAAUUAACACCAGGUAUAUUACCAGAUGGUGUUAAAUGGUUGAAUUUAGGUGAUAUUAAACAAGAAUUAAUAAUUGGUUCAAUUCCUAAUACUGUAACUCAUGUAUCUUUAAAAGAUGGAUUUAAUCAAAAAUUAACACCACGUAUAUUACCAGAUAGUGUUGAAUGGUUGUAUUUAGGUGAUAUUAAACAAGAAUUAUUGAUUGGUUCAAUUCCUAAUACUGUAACGAAUGUAUGUUUAGAAGAUGGAUUCAAUCAAAAAUUAACACCACGUAUAUUACCAGAUAGUGUUAAAUGGUUGGAUUUAUGUGAUAUUAAACAAGAAUAA